AUGGCCUCCAUUGAGCCUACCAGCUCCUCUUCUGGGGCGCCGUCCAAAGAUGUCGAUAUCGAAAAGAUGCCCGGCGUCAAUGAGACAUCCGCGCCCGAAGUCCGCCACGGCAGUGUUACCCCCGUCUACGAAAUAGCAAAAGCAAGACAUAUUCAAACCAGCAUUGCGCCUCUUCGCUGGCUGAGCCGAGGCGAGACAUGGCUCGACGAAAAGAUGGGCGUCGAAACCCAGGGUAUCGACCGUAUCCCCGAAGAAGAAAAACGCCCACCCGCCCUCAUCAACACCUUUUUCAUGUGGUUUUCGAUGACCUGCCACGUUGGCACCCUCCCUCUGGGUGUGCUGGGACCCGAAUUCGGCUUGACUCUGGGUCAAUCUGUCGCUGCGGUUGUGGUUGGCACCAUCCUUGGAGCUCUUUGUACCGCAUAUACCGGCACUCUGGGACCUAAAACUGGACUUCGUCAAAUCGCCACAUCUCGAUAUUCAUUCGGUUUCUGGGGCGCCAAGCUCUGCAGUGUGCUUAACGUGGUUGUCGGUGGUGGUUUCGCUGUCGUCAACGUCGUCAUCACUGGUCAAAUGCUCAGCGCCGUUUCGGACUACUCGAUGACAAUUGCCGUGGGUUGCGUGAUCGUCGCCGUGAUCUCCUACGUGGUGUCGAUCUUUGGCUUUGCGAUCAUCCACACGUUUGAGAAGUACAGCUGGAUUGUAUCCUUCAUUCUCCUCUGUGUCUUGAUCGGUCAGGCUGCGCCCCAUGUCGGAGCCAAUGCGCCUGGAUUUCCUGCUUCAAACCUGGAAAUUGCUGGCUCGUGGCUCAGCUUCAUGGCUAUCUGCUUUUCAAGCUCGUCCGGCUGGUGUUCCAUUGCUGCCGACUACUAUUGCCAUUACCCUGCGAACACAAAGUCAUGGAAGAUCUUCUUCCUCACUUUGGCCGGUAUCACCAUCCCGACUGUCUUUGUGACUGUCAUUGGUUCCUGCAUUGGCAACGCGGCCAUCCUGAACGCAUAUCCCCCUUAUUCAGAUGCCUACGAAAACCACGGCUUGGGUGGCUUGCUGCGCGAGAUCUACCAUCCAGUGGGCUGGGCCAAGUUCUGCUUGGUUAUCCUCACCUUCAGCGUUUUGGGCAACAACAUCGCCAUCAACUACUCCUCUGGUCUCUCCAUUCAACUCCUCGGACAUUACUUCCACGCUGUGCCCAGAUUUAUCUGGUCGUUCUUGGUCGCUCUGGUCGUGGCACUGCUCGCCAUUGCUGGAAAGGACCACUUGUCGAACAUUGUCUCUGAUUUCGUGUCUUUGCUGGGCUACUGGACCAUUUCCUUCACCCUCAUUCUGCUGAUCGAGGACCAAUGGUUCCGCAAGCGAUCCGGCGAGGGAUACAACCUGGAAGUCUGGGAUAUGCCCGAUAAGCUGCCAUGGGGUGCUGCGGCUGUCUUCUCGCUACUGGCAGGGUACCUUGCGGGUGGUUUGCCCGGUAUGGCGCAGGUUUGGUAUGUCGGCCCUAUUGCUGCCAAAUUCGGACCGUACGGUGGUGAUGUCGGCAUUUACAUGUCUGGCGCCAUCACAAUCGUGUGCUACUUCCCAUUGAGAUAUCUGGAGAGGAAGAAGACUGGAAGGUAG